CACUGCCCAUCUCUCUCCCUGUGGGCAAAGACAAGGCAAGUAGAAGAUUUAAAGCCCUUUUAAACCUUCCAACACAAAGAAAUGAGUGAGCAGUCAGUGACCUAUGUGGACCUCAGAUUUCAUACUCCUGCAGAGAGGAAGAGAAAACGAAGACCAAAGCACACCAGGAUCAUAGAAACCAGCGAGCAGGAAAUAACCUACUCUGAUCUGAAGUUUCACACUCCUUCAAAGCAGCAGAGGCAACAAAGACCUACAAGUGUAGAGAGCAAAGAAUCUCCUUCUCCAUCUUCACCAUGGCUCAUUACAGUGAUUCUGGGGCUUCUCUGCCUGGCUUUGCUAGUAACUGCAGGGGUUUUGGGUGCCAAGUUUCUCCAGGCUUCCCACCAAGUAAGAAGACUCAAUGAGGAACUUAUCCAGAAACAGGCUAUUCUGAAAAACUUCACACAAUUGCAGAAAACCCUGAAAAACUGUACUCAGCAAAGAGAUGAUCUCCAAGCCAAUAUCACAGAACUCUCAAAUGCUGUGAAUAGGGAAGGAGAUAAAUGCAGCUCUUGCCCUGAGGGCUGGAUACAGCAUAGAAGGAAGUGUUACCAUUUUACACAUGAAAGGAGCUCCUGGGAGAAGAGUCGAGAAUACUGCUCGUCUCACAGCUCCAGACUGCUGAGGAUAGAGAACAAGGAAGAAUUGGAUUUCAUAAACAGACUGGUGUGUUUUCACUGGAUUGGACUAUUCCGUACGGGAGCUGCUACAAGCUGGAUGUGGGAGGAUGGCACAGCUUAUUCCACUGAGCUGUUCCAAGUAAAGAGGAAAGAGCCUGGAGCAUCCUGUGCACUUUUGAAGGCAGGAGAAGCCACCUCCUAUAAUUGUACUGAACAAUAUCGCUGUAUUUGUGAGAAGAAAGCUGCUUAG